AUUCAUGCUUCUUCCACCCUUUCAAUGGGGACCUCUUACACACACUCACGCCUCCAAGCUCCCCGUUUCUUCCCCAAGCCUCCCAACCCGCAACUCCCCUCCUCUUCCCCACCCCAUAACCUCUCUCUACGAUCAAUCUUUUGCUCGCAUUCCUCGUUCCAAGCCUCCACCAAACCUUCUCCCAUUCCCACAACCAACAACUACAACCACUUAAUCCAAUCUCUCUGCAAACAGGGCAACCUCCGUCAAGCUCUCAAGCUCCUCCGCCAUGAGCCCCACCCCUCGCAGCGCACAUACGAGUUCCUCAUUCUCGCAUGCACCCGUCAAAAUUCCAACUUUUAUGCUCCCUUCAUCGACCGCCGCCUCGCGGUCGACGGGCUCUACCGUGACUCCUUCCUGUCCACGAAGCUCAUCGAUAUGUACUCCCAUUUCAACUCCCUCGACGAAGCUCGCAACGUGUUCAGUAAAACUUCUGACAAGACCAUUUUCGUUUGGAACUCUCUGUUGAAGUCUCUUGUCAUGGCGGAAGAGGGCGAUGAGGCACUCUCCUUGCUGAGAGAGAUGGGCCGCAAUGCAGUUGAGUUUGAUAGCUUUUCAUACUCGUACGGGCUCAAGGCAUGCCUCACUUCCUCGUUUAAUUUGUCCCUCGUACUUUUUAAUGUGCGGCAGAUCCAUGGUCAUGUGAUUCGUCAUGGUUUCGAAUCCAGGGUACAUGUAGCGACGACACUUGUUGAUUCAUACGCAAAGAUUGGGAAGGUUAAGUACGCUCAGAAGGUGUUUGACAAAAUGCCUCACAAGAACGUGGUUUCCUGGAGCGCCAUGAUUGCUUGUUUUGCUAAGAACGGGAGGCAUUUUGAUGCUUUGGCGAUCUUUAGGGAGAUGAUGAUGACGAGAAACCCUGAAGUUGCUCCUAAUUCUGUAACAAUGGUCAGUGUUCUCCAAGCUUGUGCCGCGCUGGCUGCUCUGAGUCAGGGAAAACUGGUGCAUGGCUAUGUUCUAAGGCGAGGGCUCGAUACCACCGUAUCUAUGUCGAAUGCUUUGAUUGCGCUGUACAUAAAGUGCGGAAGUUUGGAUUUUGGCCGCCGGGUCUUCGACACAAUGAUCAUUCCCAAAAAUGUUGUUUCAUGGAACUCCAUGAUUGCAGGUUAUGGAGUUCAUGGUUUAGGAAAAGAAGCAAUUUUGGCUUUUGGAGAGAUGAUCAGAGUGGGGAUUUCUCCAAGCCCUGUCACAUUUGUGAGCGUCCUGGGUGCUUGUAGCCAUGGCGCUCUUAUAGAAGAAGGCAUGAGAUUGUUCAACUCAAUGGAGAAGGAACAUAGUCUGAAGCCUCAAUCUGAGCACUAUGCAUGCAUGGUGGAUCUUCUCGGCCGUGCCGGUCGAUUAGAUGAAGCAGCAAAGAUCAUAGAGAAGAUGGAGAUGGAGCCUGGCCCAACUGUAUGGGGCUCCCUUCUCGGAGCAUGCAGGAUACAUGGAAACACAGAGCUUGCAGAGAAAGCUUGCUCUCAUCUAUUUGAGCUGGAGCCCUGGAAUGCUGGCAACUACAUACUUCUAGCUGAUAUUUAUGCGGAAGCUAAGUUGUGGGAGGAAGUUAACAGAGUGAAGAAGCUCUUAGACCAAAGGGGGCUGCAGACUUUGCAAGGUUGCAGCUGGAUUGAGGUUAAGAAGAAGCUUUAUUCAUUUGUUUCUGUUGAUGAACUGAAUCCACAGAUCGAGCAGGCUCGCGGCUUCUUGACUCAUUUGGUGAAGGAGGCGAAGGAGAUGGGUUAUGUUCCGAGCACCAAAGUUGUUCUCUGUAAUCUUGAGCAGGAGGAGAAGGAGAAGAUUGUGUUGGGUCACAGUGAGAAGCUGGCGCUGGCUUUUGGACUCAUCAAUGGCGGUCAAGGGGAGGUUCUUAGGAUCACGAAGAACCUCAGGUUGUGUGAGGACUGCCAUUCAUUAACGAAGUUUGUUUCCAAGAUUACGAAUAGAGAGAUUGUUGUAAGAGAUGUGAAUCGUUUCCAUCGCUUCAGAAAUGGCUUGUGUUCAUGCAUGGAUUAUUGGUGAACUUUAUGUUUGAAAUUUUGUUCAUCUGUGAGAGUUUGCAGAGAGAUUGCUAAGAAUCUGAUUGUGGUUAAUUAGGUACAGAUCACUCGAAAUGUUAAUAUUUAGAAUCUAA